AUGUCUCCAGAACCGGAACGCAACUCUGGUCUGACAGGACCUACCUUUACCUACACAGAGGUCCCAUUAGAGUCCCCGAAUUCAACGACUCGCAUGAUACGCCUUCUACCGAAUAAAAACAAAGAUGCAGAAAUUGAAUGCGAACUCUUCAACUAUGACUUGACGUCAGGCGGCGGCGCGGAUUCGCACCUCUACGAGGCACUUUCCUACGUAUGGGGAAGUAACACGAGAUCUCGAACCAUCAAAUUGAACAGCUGUGCCUUCCCCGUAACGGAGAACCUCUAUCUUGCGCUGUCCCGUCUCCGGAAUCGGCAGCUUGAGAGAAUACUGUGGGUUGAUGCUAUAUGCAUUGAUCAGAGUAACCGGGAUGAGAAAGCCAAGCAGAUCCCACUGAUGAGGGAAAUUUACGCACAAGCUCAACAUGUCAUUGUUUGGCUUGGAGAGGCUUAUGAAGAUGGCGAUAAAGCCCUUGAUGGACUCCGGUGUCUGGCAGAAGGACAGGAUAUAGAUAUUGAGGGGUGUCGAAAAUUAUGUGUGAUUUUGUUUCAAAGAGCUUGGUUUCGCCGUAUCUGGGUACUUCAGGAAGUUGGUGUCGCAAGAUCCAUUUAUAUCAUGUGUGGCUCUGUUAAAAUAAACGGACAUGCCUUGGGCGAAGGCCUUAAGAAAAUAGGCCUUCCUUCAAAGUAUCAAGAGAAGAUAGGCCCAGUCGCUUUUCUUAUCAAGGGGGCACUUCUCCGGCCAAACUAUGAGCCUGGGUCACGAGGAACUCUCACUAUUGGGGAGCUCGUUGGCAUGUACUGCUACCACGAUGCUACCGAGCAGCAUGAUAAAAUCUAUGCACUUCUAGGUUUAAGUGCUGAUACCAUGACACCCGCUUUAAUGCCAAACUAUGCCCUCCCCUGGAAUACGGUGUUCAACCAAGUUACCAAUCACAUGUUCCCAGGCUGUUCUGUUGAAACAUGGCCUGGAUCAGAUAUAGCCAUUAUCAGAGGUGUGGGCUGGGUUCUUGGUCAUAUUUGGUCUGUACGACACGUAUCAAACUUCGGCCAGCAAAAGGUCAAGGUGUACUUGAAUGAUACAGCCCGGUCAAUCGGGUAUGAGAACGACUGGGAAGCUGAUUGGGAACUUCAAACUUUUGCACAGUCCCUCAGUCCUGGUGAUAUCGUUUUCCUUCUGCAAGGGGCUUUGAGGCCAAGUAUCAUUAGGCUUUGCAAAGAUCAUUUCAGAAUAAUUACACCUGCGGCAACCCUUUGCAAAAAGCGCCCUAGGAAGUCUCCAGAAGGAACACCUCAGGGAUGGCAUACUUCUGGUGGAUCCUGUAAUGUUCUUUUGGUAUGGCGACAUCCUCUGAAAAAUGAUGCUGGGUCUAAGAAUUGGCCUGAAACAGAGCUCCCCGAUAUGGUUCCGGCGUAUCAACAACAGUCCUUGGAGGCGGGAUAUAGACGAAACAAUAUUACCCAAAUCAUGGCAGGCGUUGCCAUGGGAGCAUUGGCCGUGAAGAAGUCAGAAGAUGAUGAUGUAGCGCGCUUGCUCGUUUUGAGUGGUACAGAUGUUUCAAUUGUUUCAGAACUGACUGAGGCUUCUGUAAAGGAUAUUCGAGGCUCUCCUGACAAGACCUUGCAAAAUUUCUUUCUAAGUGAGCAAGACGAUCUAUCAAUCUCUCGGGAGAUGGUCAAAGCAGUGGCAGAGAAUGAUGGACCAUGUGGCUAUAUAAUCAUGGAACUCCUUUUCCAGCUCCACGGGGCCAAUCUUCCCAUCUCUGAAGGAGUAGUCGAGGCAGCAUCAAGAAACUCUGGAAAGUAUGGACAUCAGAUUAUGAUGGCUAUCUAUCGCCACCGUGGAAAGUUCUUCCCGAUUUCCGAAGCGGUGGUCAAGGCAGCAGCAGGGAAUACUGGAAAACAGGGAACCAAGAUAUUGAAGGUCCUCUUCCGAGCACAAGGGGAAGCCCUUCCAGUCUCUGAAGAAGCGAUCAAAGUGGCAACAGGAAACAAAACCUGUGGACUUGAGACUUUUGAACAUACUAUCAAGCAUCGAGGCAAAAAUGUUCUGUUAUCUGAAGAUGUGUACAAGACAGCAAUAGCGAAUCGUGCCUGGGGUUAUGAAAAUAUAAAAUUUCUCUCUGACUAUUUGGAGGGAAAAGUUCCAAUUUCCGAGGAACUAGUCAGGGCAGCGGCAGGAAAUCACCUGGCAUAUAAUAUUCUGGAAAUACUCCUUCAGCACGGCGAGGGAAGUCCUCCUAUCACUGAGGAUGUGGUUAAGGCAGCAGCGGAAAAUCAUUCUGGGUAUAAGUUCCUGAAAAGACUCUUUCAACACGGAGAAAAAGGCCCUCCAAUCUCCGAAGAAGUGGUUAAGGCAGCCGCAGGAAAUACACAUGGAGCUCAAAUCCUGAAAUUACUCUUGCAGCAUGCAGAGGAAAGCCUUCGAAUCUCUGAGGAUGUGGCUAAGGCAGCAGCUGGGAAUAGAAUAUCUGGGAGGAUUAUGCUGGAUAUGCUCUUCCGACGAGAAGGGGACAGGCUUCCAGUGACUGAGGAAGUGGUCAAGGCAGCAGCAGGGACUUGGGGAGCAGAUGGACUCAUGAGAUUGCUCUUUAAGCGUAGAGGGGAAAGCCUUCCAACCUCCGACUAUGUGGUAAAGGCAGCAGCAGGUAAUGGGAUAUAUGGACACAGAGCUAUGGUGUUUCUUUUCCAGCAAAAAGGAGACAAACUUCCAGUGACUGAAGAAGUGGUCAAGGCAGCAGCAGGAAAUGAAACGACCGGAGCUUCUAUCAUGAAAUUGCUCUUUGAACAGAAAGGGGAAGGUCUUCCAAUGACCGAAGAAGUGGCCAAGACAGCAGCAAGGAAUAAGUAUUCGGGAAGUGAUGUCUUGGAAUGCCUCCUGCAACACAAAGGGAGAAGCGGACUUCCAGUGACAGAGGAAGUGGUCAAGAUAGCAGUAGGGAAUGAUAGAUGUGGAGAUAGAAUGAUGGAAUCUCUCGUGCAACACAAAGGGGACAGUUGUCUUCCAGUGACCGAGGAAGUACUUAGAGCAGCAGCGGAGAAUACCAGAUGCGGAGCAAGGAUUCUGGAGAUUUUGGAGCAGGAAAGAAGCCUUCAGACGACGGUUACUGAGAGUGCAGAAAGUGCAGAAAGCCCAGAAAGUCCAGAAUCUGCAGAAAAAGCGGAAAGUGUAGAGGGUUCAGACAGUUUAGAAAGUGUCGAAGAUGCAUGA